AUUUUCAGAUCGGAUGCGAAUCGGAUCAUCGAAUUUUCGGAUCUUCAAAUAGUUCUGCUCAGCCUUAGUCAUACGAAGGAACGCGAUAAAUUAUAUAAACUUUAUAUAGUAAUGUGAGUUUGGACUAAUAUAUACAACCCUAACCCUUACCCAUACUAUAACUUUAUUACACAUUAUACUCAUUGACAUUAAAUCACUGUUGCAAUGGUCAUUAUUUCAUUACUUUUCCCAUAACAAAAAAACAAAAACAAAUUGCACCAAAAAAAAAAAAUAAACCGAAAACAAAAAAACUUGUUCCAUUAAUCACAACCGUUAAUCGUUAAAAACAAAACGAGGCACAACCGUCCAAUUGAUAACGCGUCCGAAAACCAUCACCAUAAACCCUCAGAUCACGCCACGUGUCAACAAAUCUCAUCAUUAACCAUGGUUAACCCACUUAGAGUUAAACUAACCCAAAUUCACUCUCAUUUGAUUUACCCAAUUUAACCCUAGCCUAGUCUAAGCUAUUUAUGCCUCUUCCCUCUCCUCACAAUCAUUUCUUCAUUUCCUCUCUCUCCUCCAUUUGCUCUAUUUUUCCUCUCGUUUUUCCUUCGAUAUUCUUGAUUAUUCGACGUUUAAGCCCUAAUUUCUUCGCAAUUGUGCUAGGGUUUUUCCCUGCAUUGUUAUGAUAGUUGUAACAUUUUCCAGAAAUCGAUUCAAUUUAGCUUACCUUUGUCGUUAAUGGCGGAAGAUCCUCGCCGUUUUUCGAUCGGUUACGCUUUGGCGCCGAAGAAGCAGCAGAGUUUCAUACGAGAAUCGUUAAUCAACCUCGCUCGUGACCGUUUGAUUGAUUUGAUCAAAAUCGAUACUGGAGUACCGUUGAUCGAUCAAGGACCGUUCGAUUGCAUCCUUCAUAAGUUGUACGGGGACGAUUGGAAGAAGCAGCUCGUCGAUUACAAGGCGAAAAACCCUAAUGUCGUGAUUUUAGAUGCACCGGAAUCAAUUGAACGACUUCAUAACCGGAUUUCGAUGUUGCAGGUUGUUUCUGAGUUGAAAUUCGUGCGAAAUGACCGCGAUACGUUUGGAAUUCCGAAACAAAUCGUGAUUUAUGACGUCGAAACGCUUCGUGAUCAUCGGUCUUGGGAAGGAUUGAAGUUUCCGGUGAUUGCGAAACCCUUGGUUGCAGAUGGAAGCGCAAAAUCGCAUAAAAUGUCGUUAGUUUACAAUCAUGGAGGAUUGAGCAAUUUGAAACCUCCGAUUGUUUUGCAGGAGUUUAUUAAUCAUGGAGGAGUGAUAUUCAAGGUGUAUGUGGUAGGUGAAUACGUGAAAUGUGUGAAGAGGAAGUCAUUGCCAGACGUUUCGGAGGAGAAAUUGGAGAGUUUAGGUGGUUUGGUAACGUUUUCGCAGGUUUCGAAUUUGGCAAGCAACGAGAUGACGGAUGAGAAGUACUACAAGAUGAUGCACUUGGAUGAUUGCGAAAUGCCGCCUCAGGAGUUCAUCACUGACAUUGCGAGAGGAUUGAGGGAGGUUAUGAAGCUGAAUCUCUUUAAUUUCGAUGUGAUUAGGGAUACGAGGCUUGGAAAUCGGUAUCUCGUGAUCGACAUUAACUAUUUCCCAGGGUAUGCGAAGAUGCCGGCGUAUGAGAGUGUGAUGACAGAUUUCUUCUGGAAUGUUGUGGCGAGAAGAGAAGUGAUGGAGAAUGAGGAAAGUGAAGAAAAAAGUAAAUUGGUGGAUAACAUUGGUUGCUGAUGAUGAAAUGCAGGAUAAAUUUGUUACAGUAGGUGACAGUUUCUUCUUCUUCUUCUUUCCCCUGCCUCCAAAAAAGUACAAGAAAGUGGAGGUUUUAACAAUUUCAUUGGAUAGGGUGAUAGUAUAGACUGGCGAACAAUUAGGCUUUCUUUAUUUUUUUUCAAUGAAUUUUUUGUUGUAGUUGCUGAUGAUGUUCUUUUUUCCUUUUCUUUUUAUACCUGACUAGUGUUUCUUUUGUUUGUGGAGACAUUAUUAGUUGGGUGUUGGAUAUCAAAUGAUGUAUAUUCCAUCUUGGCUUCGGAAUUGAGGUUUUAUCUGAAAUACUCUUGAAAUGGGUUGUAGACGAAAAAGGGAGGCUGCUUUGAUGUUUUUAGGAAGUGUUUAGUUUGUUCUUUCUUGACAAGUUUUGUAAUCUUCUUUCCUAAGGAAAUGUUCAAACAUGUGCCUAUUUUGGGCACUUUAGAUCAAUGAAUUUAUCCAUUUGGUUUAUCCAA